AACCUACUAAGCUAUGGGCAACACUUGUUGAAAGAAUACCGAGGAGUCUCAAGAAUCUUCGAGGGGGUUCUACCCAGGAAAUAAGCAUAGGAGAUACCAAAACUACCAUCAAUACAAACCCAAUAAAAAUGAUAUUCAUAACCCUCGCUGCUCUGGUGCUCAUUGUGAAUCUCCUGAUAAUGUAAAAAUCAAUGUGAACAAUAUGAUGAUUUAUUGAGGUCAAGCCCAGAUGGGAAGAAAUGGGAAGGAAGAGACUUCUCCCGAGAAAUCUCCAUCCAUCUUAGAUAAAUGUAAAGAGAAAUACAGGCCUAAUUCUAUCUCAUGAGUGAAAGAGGUUGAUGAGAGUAAGGAAGUGAGCCGUAAAGAAGACAACACUUUUUCAAAAAUAAACCGAGAUCUCUCAAAUAAAUCAAUUUAUGAGAAUAUGGUGAGGAAAGGCAACUUCAAGAUAGAGGACAAGUAUGACUUCAAAGAACCCCUUGGUAAAGGAGGCUUUGGACGAGUCAUAAAAGCUAUCUUAAAGGAUGGAGGCCAUAUCAGAGCCUGCAAGAUCCAAUCAAAGAAGAAUUUUUCAAAAUAAGGCUCUCACAAUGGUGAAAAAUGAGAUCGAAAUUUUAAAGAUAGCUGACCAUCCCAAUAUAAUAAAAAUAUUUGAGUUUACUGAAGAUGAAGAAGAUCUGAAUAUCUUUAUGGAACUUUGUGAAGGAGGUGAGAUAUUCGAAUACAUCUGUAAAAAGGGUACUUUCAGUGAAGGGAUGGCCUGAAAAAUUAUAAAACAAGUCCUCUCGGCAUUAGCUUACUUACAUUCGAAAUAAUAUAAUACAUUCAGACCUGAAAGCUGAAAACAUCAUGUUUUUCGAGAAGGAUGCCAAGGAUCUUCAUGUGAAAUUGAUUGACUUUGGAAUGGCAACAAAGUUUAAUCCUAAGGAGAAGCUGUCACAAGUUCAAGGCACCCCUUAUUACCUAGCACCUGAGAUUCUGAAAGGGAAGUAUGAUGAGAAAGCAGACAUUUGGAGUUGAGGAGUACUACUAUAUAUUAUGCUAAGUGGUGGACCACCUUUCAGGGGUAAAUCACUAAAAGAAGUAUUUAUCAGCAUUUUAACACACGAGCUGACUUUUGAGCUAAAAUAAAUGGGAUCAUAUUUCAGAAAUGAGUAAAAACUUCAUUAGAAAAUUGCUUGAGUUUAAGCCUUCAGACAGACCAACUGCUCAAGAUUGCUUAAAGAUGGCAUGGGUCAAAAGAUUUUCUAAGAACAAAGAAUGUGGUACUAAUGUGAUAUCAAAAUCUGUGCUUAAAAACCUCCAGAGGUUCAAUUGAGAGCGGAAAUUCCAGCAAGCGAUCUUAGCGUAUAUCGCUAAUUAUCUUACUCCAGCUAGGAACAACAAAUAAAUUAAGAGAGACCUUUUUAAAACUUGAUGAAGAUCAUGACGGAGUUUUGAAGAAGAAUGAUCUGAAAUGUCUCAUUCCAAAACAAAUACUUUCAGCAAUGGACCUGAAUAAUGAUGGCGUCAUAGAUUAUACAGAAUUUGUGGCCGCAGCCACAGAUGUGAAGACUACUUUGACUGAGGCAAACCUCAAGCACAGCUUCAAGCAAUUCGAUGUCAAUGGCGAAGGCUAUAUUGAUAUUGAGAACCUAAAGAAAAUCCUAGGUGUCGUUGAAGCUGAGGAUGAUUUGGUUGAUAUUCUUCAGUUAGUCGAAAUUGGAGAUGAGAAAAGGAUAAAUUACACAGAAUUUAAGAAAAUCAUGAUGAUGCUGAUCAGAAACCACUCUAAGUCUAUCUCAGACUUGGGUAAGAAGAAGAGCAGUAUUCUUGAUCUUGGCUUUUUAAUGCAAGCUCAGUGUGUGUCUAAAGAUUUUAAUUUUCCUUAA